ACGGCGGGGCCGCCGCGACGGGCCGGGCGCGAGAGAGACGUUCCGGGGAGAGAAGGGUCCGCGCGGUGGCGGGGCUGCUCCCCUGAACCGCCCCGCAGUGCGGCCAGGCCGGGGACAGCGAGGGCAUGGGCUGCGCUUGGGCCGCUGCGGCCCUGGGGACUUAUCUGCUAGACAUUUUCUCUCUGUGCUGGCACUGCUGAGGCACCGCAAACCCUGGGAGCUCACCACAGAGUGAAUUCACUCCCCUCCGGAUUUCCUGCAAGUUAAUUGUGAUGCCAAAAAGGUGUUUCCACAUGCUGUGCCCAGCAGCGAGGCCAGAGGGGGCACCAGGAUGAUCUGAGGAAUGGAGCAUCCUGUGAGGAAAGGCUGAGAGAAUUGGGGUCGUGCAGCCUGGAAAAGAGAAGUUUUGGGGUCACCUAAUUGUGGCUUUUCAGCGCCUGAAGGGGCCGACAAGAAGGAGAGAGACUGUUCACAAGGGCCUGGAGUGACAGGACACUGGGAAUGGCUUCCCACUGGCAGAGGGCAGGGUUAGAUGGGGUUUUGGGAAGAAAUUCCUCCCUGUGAGGGAGGUGAGGCCCUGGCACAGCUGUGGCUGCCCCUGGAAGUGUCCAAGGCCAGGCUGGAUGGGGCUUGGAGUAAUCUGGGAUAAGGGAAGGUGUCCCGGCCAAUGGCAGGGGAUUGGAAAUAAAUGAUCUUUAGGGUCCCUUCCAACCCAAACCAUUCUAAUUCUGUGAUUCCCUGAUCCUUCCCACAGCCAUUAAUAUCCAACCUGAAAUCCCCAGAUAAAGCCCAGCCAUUCAAUUUGUCCUUUUAAACUUUACUAUUAAAUUUUGCAGAUUGUUAAAUUAAAACCAAAUUCGUAUUCCUGGGAAGAAUCCCUUCCCUCCCUCUGGCUCUGGUGCUGUGUAAAACCUUGGGGGAUUACAGAGUCGUUGUCACCUGGUUUUUGGUGGCAGAAGGAAAUGGGACAUCUCGCAGUAAUAGAUUUAAAUCUUUUAAUGCUGCUUUGGCACAGUCCAGGAGGCUCAGCAAGGGCAAGGCUUUUAUUAAUAGAACCUCUUGAAAUGCUCCUUUUCACCCACGGAGGAGCUGGCACAGUUCAAGAGCCUCGUUUAAAGCCCUCAGCGUGGUUACAGUCUGCAGAAAAAGUCAUCUCCAAUCACAUGUUAAGGACAUGAUUCAUCCAGAUCUGCCCAAAUUAAGGCAGGAGUGGCAAGUGCAGCUGCCAGCACUGUCACCAGAUCUCAGCUCUGUCAGGCCCACGUUACUCCCUAAAACAUCUGUGUUUGGGAGGAUUUCUUGUUAGCAAAUCCUUAACAGAGAAAAAGGGAAAAUGUUGGGUUUUGCUUGGUUUGGGACAGCUUUUACCCCAUUGCAGUGACUGCAUGGGGAGUUCUCAUCUUUUAAUGUAAUAUUAAUAACAAAAAUGUGUCUAUAACUUGGUAUUUCAAGGAUGAUACUGAGUUGACAGAGUUUAGAUGACAUAGAACUUCUUAAAAAGCAAACUGUACUGAUAUUUUUAAGGUGACUUGAAGCAAUCCCUUGCAUGAGAAAUGUGAGGAAUGUGCCAUUGCAAGCUCCAACGUUGUACUCACAAGGCUCUCCUAUUUUUUUCUGUCACUUUGACUAAAACAGCAAGCUAUUAUUGGGGGGAAAAUGAAGUUUUUUUAUUAAGUUGUAUACAAGUUCAGAGCAUAUCUAAAGCCUGUCAGGGAGCAUAAGCAUUUCUGAAAAAAGGUGCCCUGAUUUUGAAUUAAAAUAUGGUGUCAAUGCAAAUCCAGAAGCUGGGCUGUGUGCACUAUCUGCUCUUACUGAAGCUGCCAGGACUGUGCCAUUCACGUGGCAAUUACACACCUCUUUUUUUUUUUUUUUCCCUUUUUUACCCUCUUCUUGUAUCUCAUUUGCUCCAAAAAUAGAUCCUUCCUGCAGAAAUUAGCAGAUUGCAUCCAACCCUUUGUAGGGGUAAAUUUGAUUUGUGCUCUGUGUUUAUUUUCAGCCACUUUUGUCUGUUCCUCUUUUUGGCAAAGCCCUGCCUGGUUCUUGGCCCUGCGUGCUCUUACAUAAAGCUUUCCUGAAGCCUUGGUCAGGCGGGAGCUACUUCCAUGUGGGCUUCCUGCUGCGGGUUGCUGAAUGAAGUCAUGGGCACGGGAGCAGUGCGUGGCCAGCAGGCUGGCUUUGGGGGAGGUGCUGGCCCCUUCAGGUUUACACCAAGCACAGGCUUCUCAGCAUAUCCAGCUCCUGCUGCAGCCAGCACCAACAUCGUCUGCAAAGCCUGUGGACUUUCCUUCUCAGUUUUCAGGAAAAAACACGUGUGUUGUGACUGCAAAAAGGAUUUUUGCUCAGUUUGUUCAGUCCUACAAGAGAAUCUCAGAAGAUGUUCCACUUGUCACCUGCUGCAAGAAACGGCCUUCCAGCGCCCUCAGCUAAUGAGAUUGAAAGUGAAGGAUCUGCGUCAGUACCUGAUCCUCAGGAACAUCCCCACGGACACCUGCAGGGAGAAGGAAGACCUGGUGGACCUGGUGCUGUGCCACCAUGGCUUGGGGGCAGAGGAGGACAUGGACGCUGGCAGCUUGCGCUCGUCGCGGUCACAGAGCUCGGGCUUUUUUACCCAUCCCUUUUCCACGUCUGUGUCCAUGUCAAACCCAGGAGAACUUGCCAACAGAAGGGGAAGCACAGGAAGUGGAACGCCUUCACGGGGACAAACUGAAACAUCUGUAAAUAAUGAAGAAGAAGAAAGUGCAGAAGAGCAGACCCCGGGGCUGGCCAGGAAGAGAGCGAGGGCCUCCCUGUCCGACAUUUCCAGUCUGGAAGACAUCGAAGGGUUGAGUGUUCGGCAGCUGAAGGAAAUCCUCGCCUGCAAUUUUGUCAACUACUCAGGAUGCUGUGAAAAAUGGGAACUUGUGGAAAAAGUGAGCAGACUAUACAGAGAGAGCGAGGAGAACCACAAGACACAGGGGGAGAGGAUGCAGCUGAACGAGGACGACGACAGCCUGUGCCGGAUCUGCAUGGACGCCGUGAUCGACUGCGUGCUGCUGGAGUGCGGCCACAUGGUCACCUGCACCAAGUGCGGCAAGAGGAUGAGCGAGUGCCCCAUCUGCCGCCAGUACGUCGUGCGGGCCGUGCACGUCUUCAAAUCCUAACCCAGCCCUGCCCCCCGUGCCCCGGGCAGGAUUCCUGUGGGCAGGAUUCCUGUGGGCAGGAGUGCUGGGCUCUGGGGCACGCGGCAGCGUUGUCGUUUUGGUGAAACUUGGCCUUUUCAACAUCAAGAUGUGGAAGUUGGUGGAAGGCUUUUCAAGCAGCUCCUGCAGCGCAGGGCUGGGCAGGCCCAGGUGCUGCCCCACUGACCUUACAGCCCCACAGAGUGUUGGAGUCAAACUGUUUACAGCAGUUCUUGCUCUCUUCUGAAGAAUCUCACCUGUCCUUACGCAUUCAGCACUCGGCAAGUGGUCAGCAAACACCUCUGCUUGAGCCUGUUAGCCUGCGGUGUUCUCUAGUGCAUUAGAAGCAAUGAAUAUAUCAGUUGAUUAUUCAGCUUUUCCCUAAUGAUAGAAUGUAUCUGUUCCGACAGCGUGGCCGUGGUGCUGGUGUCGGACACGGCUUAGGAAGCACUGCCAUGAACUGUUCCCGCACAGAAGCCCUUAAGCAAUCUUGCUUUAUGCUGAUUGCUCCCUCUGAAUGUCUGUCAUGACACGUGUGCUGUCUUGGCUGUUCUCUGUCAGUGUACAAAACACUCCAUCACUCUGCAGGGCUCAGGGGCCACACCGGGCUCUGCCUGGUGGGCUCCAAAAACCAGUUACUAAGUGGUUUUUAGUUUAGGAAUAAACUAUUUUUUUAAGAAGGGGUACUAUAGUAAACCAUGUUAGCGUGGUCCUUAAUCCGCUCAUGCCUGUUGUAACUAUUAAUCUGUGAUGAUUGUACUCCAUGUGCCCAGCCUGAUGUUACUGUGAAUCCUGAUCAGGGGCACCACCUCCUUGCUGCUAACGUGGAAUGUACGGCGUUACUAACCUUAACUGGGGAGGGGAGGCAGGAGCACGGACAGUUCUUGUUUAAAAUCUCCUGUUCACAGACUUUCACCCAAAGCCAAGUCACCCAAACCAGCUUCCCAGGGGCUGCUGAGGGCCCUAUAUUGCUGCCAGCCCUUGGCCCAGGGUCAGGCUCAGCUUUGUGCCAUGAGCUGGGAUCCAGGUCCUGUCAGAGCAGGAAUUGUAAGGGUCCCUGUAGGAUGUCUGAGCAGUGACCUGGGGAAGGGAGCAGCAAGAGGACCUCGUGCUGGGGGUGAGAACAGUGUGCCUGUGACCAAGCAUGGCCACAACUGGGAUUGGUGAAGCUCACUGUAAAAAAGAGGUGAGGAAGAACCAUGUGUGUCCAGUUAUUCUUUAAGCAGAGUUGGUUAAAAAAUGUACAGUUUCUCCUUUGAUUUCCAAUGUGACAGUAAAGUUCCAGAACAAAGGCUGUGCUUGGCUGAGGGUGCAGGACCUGAGAACUGGACCUGUGCUGCACUGGCACCUGCCAUUUUUGUGAAUCCUUAAGCUGGCUUGGAAGGGAGAAAGCAGCUCCUCCUCACACAAAACACAGCUCCAAGCUCUACUGGGUAUUUUUCAGAAGGGAGCAAACCUCUCAAUGGCUUUAUUUUUUAGAAGUAACUUUUUAAAGGUACUUAAUUCCUGGAGUCUGUCCAGAGGGGAGGCUAAUGAAGACAGACAUGCCCUCGGUGUUAUUUCCAUACUGCUCAUUAGCCACUCGAACUCAAUAAAGAUGGGUGAUGGGCUCUCUCA